UAUAAAUUGUCAAGACAUUUUAUUUAAUCCUCACAAUUAAAAGUUUCUCCUCUUGAAUCACUUUAAAUUCUCAAUAGUUAGUUAACUAAUUGUUACAAUGGUUAAGGAUAGUCUUGUGUUUGUUAAACCAGGUCAAUUGCGACUUGAUCACUACGAGAAUGACGAUGAACCAUCUGAAUCAGAGGUUUUAAUUGAUGUCGCUGCCUGUGGUAUCUGUGGAAGUGACCUUCAUUGGCACCUUGAAGGUAAAUUGGGUCCGUUUUUGGCCAGGGACAACGCGAUUAUGGGACACGAAGCAAGUGGAACCGUCAUCAAAGUUGGAUCUAAGGUAACUCACCUUAAACCUGGUGAUCGGGUUUGUGUUGAACCUUGUGAACCUUGUUGGACAUGUGACCUUUGCCGAAUCGGUUCAAAUAAUUUGUGUCAUGAUGCUGAUAACAUGUGCUGUGGUGGAUUACGGAAAGGGUUCUUCAGGUCAACCAAUGUUUGGCCUGCAAUCUUGUGUCACAAAUUAGCCGACAAUAUGACCCUUCAAGAAGGUGCCGUCGUUGAACCAGUGGCCUGUGCUGUUUGGGGUGUUCGAAGAACCAAACUCGAAGGCAACGAGAAAAUUUUGAUCACCGGUUCAGGACCAAUCGGUUUAUUAACCAUGAUGGUAGUUAAGGCCUUUGGUUCGGGUAAAAUUUGUAUCACCGAUGUUAAUGAGACACGAUUAUCGAUCGCUAAGAAACUUGGUGUUGAUUAUUCACUUCUAGUUGAUCCUAAAUUAAGUCCAACCGAAAUCGCUGCAAAAGUUAAUGAAAUCAUGGGCGGACCACCGGAUGUUGCCAUUGAUUGUACCGGAAUUGGUUCUUGUAUUAACACUGGUAUUUAUGCUGUUCGUCGAGGUGGAAAGGUCACUUUAAUGGGACUCUCAUCUCAUUCCGUUCAAGCUGAUUUAAGUACAGCAUCACUACGAGAAGUUGAUUUAAUUGCUGUUGCUCGUUACAACAAUACAUUCCCAACUGCAAUUGAUUUAAUUUCAUCUGGUAGAGUUCCUGUUAAAUCAUUGAUCAGCCAUGUAAUUAAACUUGAUGAUUAUCAACAAGCCUUUGACACUUUACUUCAAGGCAAAGGAGUUAAAGUUUUACUUGUAACUAAAUAAUUAACUUAAAUCCAGUUCCUAGUCCAAACAAUUAACCUAUUGAUUGAUUGAAUAGAGAUAAUAAUCUUAAUCAUUUUCACUUCAAAUGUACUGAAAUUUAAUCAUUUUAAACAAUUAAACAAUCGUCGACUUUGAA